AUGAAUUGGUUGGAGGACAUCUUGACCGAGGUCGAGGACGAUUACAUUCUGUUUGAUUGUCCCGGCCAAAUCGAGUUGUACACCCAUCUCCCCGUCAUGAAACAACUCACCCAAGCUUUGCUCAGCUGGAAUUUCCGGUUGUGCGCCGUGUUUCUGCUCGAUUCGCAUUUCAUGAUUGACGGGGGCAAGUUCAUCUCGGGCAGCACCUUGGCCUUGACCAUCAUGACCAACUUGGAGCUGCCCCACGUCAAUGUUCUCAGCAAAGUGGAUCUGCUGAGUAGUCAGACCAAGAAGCAGUUGGACGUGUUUCUCAACCUUGACAUCCGAGAGCUCCAAUCCAUGGGCGGUCAGGCCAGCCGGCACGAGGCCAAAUAUGCCCGACUUACUCACGCCUUGGGGCGGGUCCUGGAGGAUUACAGUCUGAUCCAGUUCUUUCCGUUGGAUCAGAGCCACGAGACCAGUAUGGCCGAUCUGUUGCACGUCAUUGACAACACCAUUCAGUAUGGCGAGGACGAGGAUGUCAAGGCGGCGGAUUUCAAUGAUGAAGAUCCGCCCGAUGACGACACUGCUGAUGACUGA